GAAGCCAAGCGUGUGCGUGUGCAUGAACUAAUAAAGGUCGGGAACAGGGACAAAUGCGAACACUCGAAGCUCUUCGCCUGCUUGAACUCAAGCAGGACAGUUAACUCAAAACAGGUCCGUGGUUCGAGCCCGGCCUCUGCCACUCGACUUCCCCUGUCUAGGCCUGGGCGACCUGGCAGUAUCCCAGCCCUCGUGCUUCCUCCGGGUGGCAUGGCAGCUAGGCACCGAAAGGGUGCUACAGCUGAACGAUUUUUUUCCACUACGGAAGUAAAUUAUUCUUGCAAAGCACUACUCGUAAGGUUGCUGAAAACUCCUCGACAGCUCACGACCGGUUUUGCCUUUCUUGGGGCUCAUCAGAUAGGCGCAGUCCCCGAGUUUCCGUCAACCUUAUGUUGUAAAGACAGUGAUUGGACGACUGCUACAGCCCGUCAGACCUUCAGAGUGGAUGAGCAUCAUGUGACCAGCCACUCCAAUUCAAAAUCAAUAACUCAGUUCGAUCGAGUGAUAGAUAGAUACAGCACUCUUGGUAAGACUAUAACUACUUGUGGUAGCAUGGAAGACACCAUGGUUUGUGAGACAAUUCAUCCUUCGGAUCCGGGUUUUGUGCCUGAUAUAGAGCGCCACACCAGAUUCAUUGAGACCCAAGCAGGAGCGCUUGUCUGUCACGACUACGAGCGUCAACAGUACUUCCGAAACUAUCAAUCAGAGGUAGAUUUGGACAUUAUUCGACGAUUUGUCGGGCGGAAUUUUUGCUCCGAAUAUCCCAACGUGACGGUGCGAUAUUUCGCUCAAAACUGGCCCGAAUUGUGCAUCAUAGCAUUCACGGAUACUCAUAUUCCAAUUGGUUUGAUAAUCGGACAACAAACAGAACCACAUAUAGGAAGGAUAGCAUUCUUUGCUGUAGAAAAAAGAGUGGAAGCCCACUUGGUCUGUAAGUCAGUGGCGGUUGUAACUGGGUCCAUACUUAGA